CCUUCGUCGACACGAAGAAGUGAGGAGCGAUGUCCCACGACCCGGCCCACGAGCCCUAUCACUAUGACCACCAUGGCAUGAGCCUCGAGCCCAUGUACAGCCACGGCGGCGCCUCGUCCUUCCACAUGCAGAUGCAGCAACAACAAGCGUCGUCGUACCACAACGCGAUGGCGAGCAGCAGCAGCAAUAACAACGCCAACAGCAACGCCAACAACCAGUACGCGCUCAAGCGCAAGGCGCCCGCGUCGCCGCCGUACACGGCCGAGCCCGUCGUCGCCGCGCCCACGUCGGCGCCAUUGUCUGGCGGCCCGCAAAGCCAGCGCACGUGCGACGUGUGCAAGUACCCGGACCCGAUUCUGACCGUGCCCGAAUGCGGCCACACGUUCCACUCGCGCUGCGUGGGCAUUUGGCCAAUGCUCACGUGUCCGUACUGCCAAGGCGACGUGGCCAAGAUCGCGGUCGUGCCCGUCGACAUGUCGUCCAAGCCGACCCAGCGCAGCGGCAAGUGGACCAAGCAGGAAGAGAAGUUUGUCAACAUGAUCGUCGACGAGUUUGACCAUGGCACGUUCCCGCUCGCGAAUGGCACGCCCGUGCGGCUCGUGCUCGCCAAGCUCCUCAACUGCUCGCCGAUGCGACUCUCCAAAAAGUUUCAAAAGAACGCGCUCGGGAAGCGCACGUACCGCGUGCCAAAGACGUCCAACAACGGGUUCCGCAUUUGCUUUGACACCGAGUCGCACCAAGCGCGUCAGAUUGAGUUCUCCGCUGCCGAGUCGGCGUUCCGCCAAGAGGUCGUCAUGCUGCAGCGCAAGGACAAUGCACGUCAAGACGGCUUCCUUGAGCUCCACGACCUCCGCCUCGCCGUCAUUCAGUUUUGGGUCUCCAACUUUCUCAAGUUUGCCAUGUCGGUCGGCCAGCAAGUCGACGGCCUCGACACGACCGAGCCCAAGAAGAAGAAACAGGCCAUGCAGAAGCUCCGCGAAGGCAUGUUUGACCAGCUCCUCUCGUGGUCCAACCCGAAUGCCCCCGAGCCAAGCACCGUCGACGCGCCGUCCACGAGCACCAACCCCAACCCUACCCACAACCUCAACCCUACCAACAGCAACGCCAACAACGCCGGUAACAACAAUGGCCACCGCAGCAACGGGGCGCCACCGGCCAAGAAGGUCGCUCGCCGCCCGGACGUCGAGCACCAGCAUCAACCGCCGCCGUCGCAGAGUCCGUGGGACACGCCGUUCAUGGACAGCGGCAUGAAGCACAGCCAGCACAACGUCGAGUACGGCAAGCCCGACCUGGACUUGACGAGUACGAGCAGCAGCAACAUGUUUAUGAACACCAUGUACACCAAGGUGCCGCAAGCUAGCUUCCGCCAACAGCUCGACAAGCACGACGGCGGGCGGUACCAUCACCGCGAGGCCAUGCCGCCCUUGCAGCCCACGUACGGGCUCCCAAAUGGGUACGACUACAAGCGUCGGACACCGACGUUGACGCCCUUGUCGAUGCGCGCGGGCGGCCCGCGGCUGCCCGACAGCAUCUUUGACGACCACAACGGCCCGUCGGCGCUCGACGCAGUGCUCAUGAACACACCAACGAACGCAUCGUUCCGGCCACCGACCCCCGGCCAAGGCCCGCCGCCGUCGUCGCACUACGACCCGAUGGAGCCGAUCCAGCAGUACCCGCCAAACGCGUCGUGGGACCAAAUGCUCGAUGACUUCACGGGCAUCAACACGCAGCUCGUGGAUCCGUCACUGCAUGCGUGGUCCAACAUCCAGCUGACGUAAGUCGACAAGGACCGCGAUGGUGAAGAUGAAGAACGUAAACGUAGUGUCGUGUAUAGACUCGGUCGUAGCUAAUAUAACUAUUUUAAUGCAGAUAUAGCCCUAUGAAAAUACACAA